AUGGAUGAUCUAACCAACAACACAGCAGCAAGAAUAGCAGCGACAGCGAGAUCGCAAUCAGUAAGUCCCUCUAUCCCGGUAGCAGCCCCAGUGUUAGAGGAAGCAGCCCAAGCAGUCGCGAUAGAUUCCACCAGUGCAGCCAUGGCGCAGUGGACACGCCUGCGAACUACUACAAGGCGUCAGAUUACGAACACGUGCAGCCAAAUCACCACAGCCAUUAGAAGAGGUGACCCAGGAGACAGUGUUCAAGCCCUUGCAGAGUACGCGCAGGAAUUGUUGAGAACCGCUAGUCAUCUCAACAACAGACUGCUUGAAGAAGCUGGCCUAGACGAAUUCGAUCGGCAGCACGAGGCACAUACUAGGUAUGUUCAGCAGGUUAAGGCCGUGGCAGCAGAGCUUCAACGUUACCUUACCCCCCGUGCACAUCCACCAUCAGUUCGAAAUGGCCAUCCCGCCAUUGUACCCUCUGUAUACAGUAGUCGGCAGUCGUCAGCAGUGCAUCCCGAAGCCGACAGACCACAAUCCCACACAGAAGCCCAACAGAGAGUCCUUGCAGCGCAACAGGACCUCCAGGAAGCAGAAAGGGCUCUACAGUCACUAAGGUUAGAAGACAAUGACUUAGAAUAUCGGUCAUUGCCAGGUGUAGUCGAACUCGACGCAGUUAAUCGCUGGUGCCAAGACAACAGAAGAUGGGGAGCAGUAGGAGAAGCGAGCCUACAGGAAGAAGCUCCAGACGAUUGGAUUGAUAUGUAUCGUGCCGGUCGAUUACGACCCCUUCCGCGAGUAGAAGCAGGACCUCAUUCGUCAAUUCGAGCUGAGUUACCUGAUUACAGUGGAAAGGCUCUAGAUUGGUUUGCAUGGAUCGAUUUGUUCCGGGCGUUGGGGGGAGAAGCUGCUUACAUUCAAGCAUUGGUCAGGCUUAAGGACAGUUUUGGCAGACGUGACGUCAUGCGAGCAGCGCAUAUUCAAGCGUUAGAGAAACUGGAGUUCCAGAAGAACGAUCCUGCUUCCUUCAAGCGUUAUGCGGAAAAGGUCCGCACACACUUGUUCGAUCUCACUAGAAUAGGCGAAUUCGCCGCCGCAGACAUCAUUGAAAGAAUCUGUCUCAAGCUACAGCUAGCUGAUCGCUUAGCCUGGAAUACGGAUAGAGGAAGUGGACUUGAAAGGCGAAGCCUCGACCAGUUUGGUUCUUGGCUUUGCAACCGGGCCGCCGCGUAUCAAAACGCAUACAGCAUAGCGGCAGACCAAAGAAGUGGAGUGCCGGGUAAAGCUCGUGACAGACAGCAUACCCGCACCAACCAGGUUCAGGGUGAAACAAGAGGAAGAGACAAUCGUCAGCCCAACAGUAGCUAUUGCUUCAAUUGCGAAGGCUCCCACAAGUUGGAAGAUUGCCCGUCGUUUAAGGGUCUUACGGCUAGAGAUAAGCUGUCGUUUUGUACCCGACGUCGGUUAUGUUUCAAUUGCCUGAAAUCUGGACAUUCUGCUAGAGAUUGCAGAAUGAAGAAAUCGUGUUCGGUCCCUAACUGUAAUCGCACACACCAUGCACUGCUUCACUACCAGCCGGAUGACGCGGACGAAUCGGUUCGCCCCGCUACAGCCCGCACCAACCUAGCAAAGGGGAAGAAAGCAGCUGUAGGAAUGAUCCAACUGGAUGUUCUGGAUGCAAAGGGAAACCUUGUGAAAGCCAAUGUAUUUCUGGAUGAAGGUAGCGACAGUACGCUUUUCCGAGACGGAUUUAUUCGCCGACUUGGACUGAAAGGUGUUCCGCAGACUCUCGCCGUUGAUGGCGCUGGUGGAGUUUUGAGAAAAUAUACUUCGCGUCGUAUUCAACUCCGAGUUCGGCUACCCACAGGCGAAUUCGCCACUCUUCAAGGUUCGACUAUGCCUACUGUGGCCAGUCCGGUUCCACUUACAGAUUGGAACACCUUAAAGAAGCGUUGCAGACAUUUAGCAGACCUGCCAUUAGAAAGCAAUGGCGGGAGAGUAGACAUCCUUCUCGGAAUAGAUCAGGCCUAUUUGACAACGGCCAUUGAAUCUCGUUUCGGACAAGAAGACGAACCUACUGCUAUUCGUACCCGCCUUGGAUGGGUCGUAAGAGGAGUAAUUGGGAAUACAUUCAGAAAUCUUAUGGCGAGAACGCACGCAGUGUUCACCAGCAUGGAAGAGGAAGGCGACGCACUAGCGCAGCAGAUGAAACGCUUUUGCGACACAGAAGAAUUCGGGACGGAGCACAAGACAGAUGGCGUUUCCGAAGACGAUAGACAAGCUAUCGAUAUUUUAGAAAGCGGAACGUGA